CUCUCGGAGCACCUUCCCUCAUGCAGUGCUGGUUGCUACGCGACCGCCAGCUCCCGAUGCUUAAUGCUCUAAUACGGAGGGAUAAAACCGCUCUAAAAAUACCCCGCUGCCGGCCCCCCGCGGGGACAAGGGGCUGCCGGGGCGCAACCAGAGCAGGCCGGGGGCUGCCGGCACUUCCCAAACUCCUCGACCUCUAAGGGGCUUUGAGGCGCCGGCGGCCGGAGCCCGGGAGCAGAGCGGGUGCUGCGCAGGCAGGGUAGCGGGGAUUGGCUGGGGCUGGCGCGUGGGCUCCGGAGCUGGAGCUCCCCUGGCACAGGCACCUUCCCCGGCUCCAGCCAGCGGGAGUCCUGCGGCCACCCCGCAGGCACCGGCACCAGCCAGGCCUCUGCCUGCUCCUGCCUGCCCCGGCACCUCCGCAGCAUGGGGACGGUCAGCGAGCUCUGUGCCUCCAGUUUCCAGGCCUUCCUCUGCCCGUCGGUGGCUGCCAAGGCAGUGCCCAGUGACCUGACCCCGGAGGAGUGCCAGGAGCUGGAGAACAUCCGCCGCCGCAAGCAGGAGCUGCUGGCUGACAUACAGCGGCUGAAAGAUGAGAUAGCAGAAGUGACCAAUGAGAUCGAGAACUUGGGGUCCACAGAGGAGAGGAAAAACAUGCAGAGGAACAAGCAGGUGGCCAUGGGCAGGAAGAAGUUCAACAUGGAUCCCAAGAAGGGCAUCCAGUUCCUGAUCGAAAACGACCUGCUGAAGAACACGUGUGAGGACAUCGCUCAGUUCCUCUACAAGGGCGAGGGCCUCAACAAGACCGCCAUCGGUGACUACCUGGGCGAGAGGGACGAGUUCAACAUCCAGGUCCUGCACGCCUUCGUGGAGCUGCACGAGUUCACUGACCUCAACCUCGUGCAGGCCCUGCGGCAGUUCCUGUGGAGCUUCCGCCUGCCCGGGGAGGCGCAGAAGAUCGACCGGAUGAUGGAGGCCUUCGCGCAGCGGUACUGCCAGUGCAACCCCGGCGUCUUCCAGUCCACAGAUACCUGCUACGUGCUCUCCUUCGCUAUCAUCAUGCUGAACACCAGCCUGCACAACCCCAACGUCAAGGACAAACCCACGGCCGAGCGCUUCAUUGCCAUGAACCGUGGCAUCAACGAUGGGGGGGACCUACCAGAGGAGCUGCUCCAGAAUCUGUAUGAGAGCAUCAAGAACGAACCCUUCAAAAUCCCUGAGGAUGAUGGCAACGACCUCACCCACACCUUCUUCAACCCUGACCGGGAGGGCUGGCUGCUGAAGCUUGGGGGCAGGGUGAAGACGUGGAAGCGACGCUGGUUCAUCCUGACUGACAACUGCCUUUACUACUUCGAGUACACAACGGAUAAAGAGCCCCGUGGCAUCAUCCCGCUGGAAAACCUCAGCAUCCGGGAGGUGGAGGACUCCAAGAAGCCGAACUGCUUUGAGCUCUACAUCCCCGACAACAAGGACCAGGUGAUCAAGGCCUGCAAGACGGAGGCGGACGGGCGUGUGGUGGAGGGGAACCACACCGUGUACCGCAUCUCUGCCCCCACACCUGAGGAGAAGGAGGAGUGGAUCAAGUGCAUCAAGGCAGCCAUCAGCCGGGACCCUUUCUACGAGAUGCUGGCUGCCAGGAAGAAGAAGGUCUCCUCCACUAAGAGACAUUAGCAGCCUCCUGCAAGACCGAGUGUUGGCAGCCCCAGCAGCUGCCCACCAUGCUGUGGGGCUGGGGCCACGCUGCAACUUGGCCCUCAGGGCCCAGGACCCAGCUUCAGCUUCCCAGUUUCUUUACCGUGGGAGGAGGCCCGUGUGCCUCGGUGACUCUGCCCCCCCAUCACAGCCUCACCUCCAGAUCUCCAGCAUCUUCCCAGGCUUGAGCUGAUACACGGACACCCACGUGUGCGGGGAGCCCCGUCCUGCUGCA